GUCGCACCCGACGGCAUCCUCGAUGCACCCUGCCUUUCGUUGCACAUCGACGGCCGACGGUUAGGGGUAGACCGAAUCUCCCUGUAGUUUCAUAUCGACCAUACACGUGAACCCGUGUCUCUCGCGAGCGUCUCGAUCCGGUCUGCGGAGAUCCGCGGAGGUCGGACGAUGUUAUCGAGGAAACCGCGAAGGAGGAACCACCGAUGACACCCCACCUCCUCCCUCUCCCGAGCGCGGACUGUGCUGACUGCUAGCGCGAGAGAAAAACUCUGUGCAAGUUGUACAUGCUCUUGAAAGAAAGUGGUGCCUAAGCGUGUGAUUUCUUAACUGUGUGUGCAUAUGUGAGGGAAGGGAAAAUUUAAUUAGUGCCUAUACGCGUCGCACGUGCAAUAAUCACGAGAUUGAUUCGUAUCAAUUCGAUCGAUCCACCCAUAGUCUGUACAUACACGUAUAUAUCUCGGGGAUUAGUUUCGGAUUACAAUAUUGCGAUGCCCAUUCGCCACGCGCCAAAGAUCGCGCCCAAGUGUCGAGGCGAAGGCAGAGAGCGCGGUACGAGCAGCGAGACGGAGAGGAGAGCGUUUCGUUAAAAUAAAAUACGCGGCCGGGGAGCCUUCGAGAUUUCAUAAAGCGCGUUCCAACGGGCAUGAUUGCCGCAUUAGGAGUCAGGUACGUGUGUACCCUGUCCACACCGUGAUAUCGGCCUGCUCUGUACGUCCUCCCUCCCUCCGAAAGUGUUUCCAAAUUUAGACUGAAACAUUCCACAACGGCAUCAGCGAUGUCACGAUUAAUGCUGUGUAAUCUUGGCAAUACCUCGACAGCGGGAAAUGACACGAACAACAACGCGAACACGAACAGCAGUAUGGAGGACGACGAUUCUUAUCCACUGCCUACUAUUUAUCGCUGCCGUGCACCCAUAGCAAGUUUGGAUUGCAUGGAAGAGUUCAACGGCGGCGGCGGCGGCGGCGGUGGCGGCGGCGUAGACUCGGGCGUGCACUGCAGCAACACGACCGGAACGAAAGAACAGCUACUAACUAGCUGCAUUGCCGCACAAGCGCAACGUUUGCAGCACCCCUCGCCAGGUAUUCGCUACCGCAACUUGGGCAAAAGCGGUCUACGUGUUUCCAAUGUUGGAUUAGGAACGUGGACCACAUUCGGCGUGGGCGGCUGCAGCAACGAGGAGACCGCGGAGGCCGUCGUGGCUCUCGCCUAUGAUAGCGGAAUUAAUGUAUUUGACCUGAGCGAGGCGCACAGCGGCCACCGCGCCGAAAUCCAGUUCGGCCGUAUCCUGCUGAGACGCGCCUGGAACCGUUCCAGUUACGUCGUCACGACGAAAAUUUACUGGAAUACCAAGACCGAGGGUCGCGGGCUAUCGCGGAAACACAUUAUCGAGUCCGUGCAAGCUUCGCUCGUCAGGCUGCAACUGUCGUACAUCGAUAUUGUCAUGAUCCACAAAGUCGAUCCAAUGUGUCCGAUGGAAGAAAUCGUUCGCGCGAUGAAUUAUGUUAUAAGCAAAGGCUGGGUGAUGUAUUGGGGUACAUCGCGAUGGACACCCGUGGAAAUUAUGGAAGCCUAUACGAACUGUCGGCAAUUUAAUUGCGUGACGCCUAUCGUCGAACAAGCGGAAUAUCAUCUGUUUUACAGAGAGAAACCUGAACUCUAUAUGCCAGAAUUAUAUAACAAAAUUGGUGUUGGUUUAAUGGCAUGGUCUACAGUCACCAUAGGGAUGGUUUCUUCGAAGCCAGAAGAUUGCGGAGUAUCGUUCCUCUCGAGAUCUUCUUAUAAAAACAAAUAUUCCUCGUUUAGCUUGUUUCUGAACGUGUUAACGAUAGCUUUUGCAAUGCAGGAAUACGCGUGGAAAGACAAAUCCGCAGAUGAGGAGACUCGGAAAUAUUCGGACAAAUUACGGGACGUAUGUGCUCUUGCCGAAAGACUGGGGUGUUCUUUCGGACAACUAGCCAUCGCGUGGUCUUUAAAGAAUGAAAGUGUUCAGUGCCUUCUGCUCGGUGCAUCCAAUAUAGAUCAAUUGUAUGAGAGUCUCCAAAGCUUACAGCUUAUCCCAAAAUUAAACGCGAGCAUAAUGAGCGAGAUCGAGAGGAUUCUUGAUAACAAACCGUCCCGACCGCCGAUGAUAUCCACUCUGGCACUUAGAUGACAAUCGAUGUGCCCCCACGGCAGCGGUGGGGGUUCUGUGGAAGAGGCGGGCAGUCCAAAGAGCGAGGGCGGCAACAGUCAGGAUCAGGAGCAGACCAAGGAAGUAAACAACAAGUUGCCAUUCUGUGAGAUACAGUGAAGUCACACGCGGACGGUAAACCGUCUCGUUGCUCCACACGCUAUUGAUACCCAACAUCGGGUGGCCAAGGACUGACACGGAUGCGACUCGUUUUCGCGUUCUCCGCUUUACAUUUGGUCGCGACCCGGUGCGGGUCGAGUGCACAUAUGACCACGAGUCGACACGACAAUAUUUACCAAUUACGAAGGAACCCAUCUCCGGAGACUCGUCGUCUCUCGACGGCAACGAGAACAUUCAUUCUCACGGGGGUAUCCCGAACAUCACGCACGAUUUGUAUCUCUCGUACGUCACACUCGUGGACACUCGUAGAUAUGUAGGUGAUAAACGCGACGUGUAUCAUCGCGAGAGUCCAUCUGUCUCCGUUGACAGAAUCGCGUGUUUGCACGCUUUCAAAAGCAAUCUCUGGGAACGGUUACAUUUGUCCCAUCCAGCCGCCGUAAAUUUUUCUCUAAUCUCCCUCUGUCAGGAGACUCUAUCCCGUCGGAGAGAUUUUUAUUCGCGAUUCCAAGUGUUCAUUAUUCUUAGCGUUAAUAAUCCCAUUUGCUACACUCGUAGGGAGUAACCAGGAAUUCAGCAGUGUCACGAGUGUCCACCAGAUUACAACGUUCGUUCUGCCAUUCAUUGGUCGAGUAAAAGCGAUUUGCGGACAAUUAAUUAAUUCGGACGGUAUAGGACACACACACACACACACACGUCGAUUAUCAUCUAAAAAAAAUUUCGUCGUAGGUCAUAAGAACUUUAUCAAGGAUAUUAUCUAAAACGCGAUGCACCUCAUCCCAUCAACUUCGACGUCCAAUAUACAUAUUUCUUUCUACCGAUGUCGCGCUUGAUUCUUCGAAUUUUAUCCACCAAUUUAUCUUCUCUUUCUCCGUUUCUCUUUCUCCAUCCUCUCUUCUUUCUAGUUUGUUCAAGGAUCGAGAGACGAUUGCGUUGUAUAAGAAACGCGUGAUGCGCAAUAUGCGCUAAUAAAAUACAUCGCCACGGAUUUUUCGCUUUUACAAAGAAUACGCGCCUGUUUUCAGAGUAUAGGCAUUGUACUAAGGGAUGAAUGCGAUUGAAAAAUAAAUUACAUAAAGAGUAAUUGCGGAAUAAUUGAGCUGACGAGUCCAAUAAUCGAGUCCAGUCGGUAGAACAAGUUGAGACGAUUCGAAGAGCUGGAGCGACGCUUUAAUUCAAAGUCUGAUUCAGUCUCAUUAACUCGCCGGACUGAUUCUUUAGACGUAAUCAAUUUCUUAACGGCUACGUUCGAAAUAUUUUCACUAAAUAUUCGCAUUAACUCGGUCAAACCGAAUAAAAAUGUAAAUUCUAUACUAAUACACGAUAGAUUCACCGACGAAUCUUUAAAGAUCCGGACUGUGUACAAAAGAUCUCUUUACUUGAAUAGAUGACCGUUUCUAUCAAGAGAACGUCUGUUUGUUUACCGCACACGAUAGCUUUUCGCUUCGCUUUGCCAUAAAGUGAGAUGCAGCACAUUUCAGCAAGUGAAGAAGGUGAUUUAUCUUGAAAAGAAACGCAAGAUUUGUAAUAUUCGACAAUUAUAUCUUUGUGCGAAGUAUCGUUGCCCCUGAGCAAUAUUCUUUCAAUUUAUCUUACCGUUCCCUCAUGCCAAAGUGACAAAGUCAUCAGCAGAUGCGAUUCGUGCCAAUCAAGCAUCGUUUCGCCGAUCAUUCGGAACAUUGCUCAAGUGUACGAUCGUGAGAAGAUUUCUCGCUCCCGUAAAAAUGAUAAUCUGUAUAUUGAUAUAUGUAUAUAUAUAUAUAUAAACAUAAAAGAGUAUUACACAUUUUGGACAUGUAUAUAUACUGGAAAAAGUCUUGUACCAGUUGGAAUUUGGGUAAAUUCAAUCAAAGAGGUGCAAAUGAGACGCUUAUAGUUAAAUCCGUCAAACA